AUGGAAGGUAAAACAAACUUAGAAGAACAUAGAAGAGGUAUCGUGCGCUGUCUUAAUCAUGUUCUCCAACUCGUUAGGAAUAAUUUACAGGAGUAUGAGAGAUUUAGGCUUAAAACGGAAUCUUCACUAACUAAUUGUAUGAAAACAAUGACAGAAAAUAUAAGUGAAUAUCAUAUUUUAAAUGCUUCUGGUAACAAUUCGUCUACAAUUUCAAGGUCGUACAUCUCAUGUUUUAUACCUUCUAUGGACAGUUCUUAUCCAUCUAAUCCUGAGGAGAAUACCUCAGAUGAAAUGAGCUAUGGAUCAGACCUAGGAAAUUCUGGAGCUGUAUCGCCUAUACCAGGCAUAAUUGCGAAACCGUCGGGAAAAGGAUUAAAGACACCCAACAGAGGAAACUACAGCCCCGUUAGGCAUAGAUUGAAUGGCAUUGAAAUGAACGAUCAGCAAAUAUCUGAUAUUACAAUCAAGCAACAUGAAACAUUAAUCAACAAUAUAAGCGAUGAAAUACAAGCCAAUGAACUGAACACUAUAAAUAAUGUCCAACAACGCCUAACAGAAAUUUCAUCGAUGUUCGAAAAGUUUACUGGAACCCUUGUGGAACAACUAGAUCUAUUCGAAAACAUAAACGCUAAUGUCAUUGAAUCUAUAUCAAAUAUUGAAAAAACACAGGAUUCAUUAAAAAAGGCAAACAACGAUGGGAUGCCACUCUACCAUAUAAUUAUGUGUUAUAGCUUUUUAGGCUUAUCUGUAUUGCUGCUUUUUGUUGAUUAUAUCAAAAGCACAAAGGGGUCUUAUCUUUACUAAUCACCAAUUGCAUCAAACUUGGAAAGAUCAUACUUGUCAAAAUUGCGACUUAAAUGAUCCUUAAGUUCUUGUCUUUGCUC